GAUAGCCUGGUCGCGUUCGUAGUCGUGCCUAUGGGAAUCUACCUAACUAUCGGUUCGGUGUUCUUGCUGGCUGGAUUUGUAUCAUUAUUCCGUAUCCGAAAGAAAAUGCGAAGCGAUGGCAACAAUACAAACAAACUAGAAAAGCUCAUGGUCCGAAUUGGUGUGUUCUCCGUCCUCUAUACCGUCCCUGCGACUGUUACGAUUGGCUGUCACGUCUACGAAAUGUCGAAUCGCACGAAGUGGGAAAAAUGGUUGACAUGUUCCGAAACGCCUUGCAUCGGAGCGGAGAAAAUCGAACCCGAAUUCUCGGUGUUUAUGGUCAAAUAUUUCAUGUCGUUAGUCGUCGGGAUUAGUACGGGAUUUUGGAUUUGUUCAAUGAAGACUAUCGACUCGUGGCGCGAUUUGAUCAAACGGCACCUCGGAUCGAAAUUAAGACAGAAAAGUCCAGACGAACAAGCCGAGCAAACGGCGCUACCUUUGACCAAAAAAACUGAUGUUUAA